GCCGGCCGAGUCCCGGGCUGCCUGAGACAGUCACUGCCCUGACGGCGGCGGCGGCGGUUGGCUGGUGGGGGUUGGGAGGAGCAAGACCGAGGCUGCUGGGGCAGCUGGAACUGGCAGUUGCCGGGGGCCAACAGGCGAAUCUGGACCGGAGAGCGAACCCCAGGCCGAGCGAAGGAGGCGGCUGCAGUUGGAGUACAGGGAGCGCUGGCGGUCGCGGAUUCUCAGAGGAGCAAGUGUCUGGGGCUUAGAGUCCGCCGGGGCGGCAGCGGCCACGGCGGCGGCUGGGGCCGAGAUACAGAAUUAACACUUCGAAUCUGGAGAAGCAUUUUGUACAAAUUGAAAGAUUGGGCAUUCUCUUUAGUUUUCCAGAUGUAUUGUCUCAUCUGCACACUUGAAACAUCCACAAUCACAUAAACUCUAAGAUAGAACCAUGGAGUUAUGUGACCCAUCAAGAUUUAGGGAAAGUAUUACCACGCUUUGGAACCAGGCAAUUUUCCACCAGUUCAACAGUUAAACUAAUAGAGUCUCUGCUGAUAAUCAAGAGUAAAGAGUCAAAGUCAUGCACAUUCUGUUGGCAAAUGGCAUCUAUGGCUGUUGAGUUUUACUGUAACUCGUUACUGUAAAGUCAAAGUCAACUUAAUUUGCAAGUUAUGUCCUAAUGGAUGUAAAGACCUGUGUUGUUGUAUCCAGGAUCUAGCAAAUGUUGAAGAUAAGGAACCUAUUAUGACUAAUCCUUGGGAAGAGAAAGUCUGCAAAAUGGCUCAAACGAGUUUACUGCAGGGGAAGCAGUUUUACUGUAGGGAGUGGGUUUUCCACAAGCUUCAGCAUUGCCUCCAGGAGAAAACUAACUGCUGCAAUAGUGCUGUCAACACACCAUCCCUUGUAAUGAAUUCUGGGAAUAAUGCUAGUGUUGUCUCUGGAAAAGGAGCUGCCUGGGGUGUGUUGUUGGUAGGAGGGCCUGGCAGUGGCAAGACAGCCCUAUGUACUGAGCUGCUGUGGCCAAGUUCACCUGCAAGCUUGCAGAGAGGUUUACAUCGCCAAGCUUUGGCCUUUCAUUUCUGCAAAGCCCAAGACUCUGAUACUUUGUGUGUUGGAGGGUUUAUUAGAGGUCUAGUUGCCCAGAUCUGCCGCAGUGGACUACUCCAAGGAUAUGAGGAUAAGCUAAGGGAUCCAGCAGUCCAAAGCCUCUUACAGCCUGGAGAAUGUGAAAGGAACCCAGCUGAAGCGUUUAAAAGAUGUGUUCUCCUCCCUCUUUUGGGAAUGAAGCCUCCCCAGCAAAGCCUCUAUCUACUUGUUGAUUCUGUUGAUGAAGGAUGUAAUAUCACUGAAGGUGAACAAACGUCUACCAGCUUAUCUGGAACUGUUGCAGAGCUUCUGGCUGGUCACCAUGAGUUCUUUCCACCAUGGCUAUUGCUUCUGUGUUCUGCCCGAAAACAGAGUAAGGCUGUUACUAAAAUGUUUACCGGUUUUCGAAAAAUAAGCUUAGAUGACCUUCGGAAGGCAUACAUUGUUAAGGAUGUUCAGCAGUACAUCCUUCAUCGUUUAGAUCAAGAAGAAGCUUUGCGACAACACCUCACAAAAGAAACUGCAGAGAUGUUAAAUCAACUGCACAUUAAAAGCAGCGGAUGCUUUCUUUAUCUAGAGCGAGUUCUAGAUGGAGUUGUCGAAAAUUUUAUUAUGUUAAGAGAGAUUCGUGACAUCCCAGGAACUCUAAAUGGUCUCUAUCUCUGGCUGUGUCAGAGACUUUUUGUAAGGAAACAGUUUGCAAAAGUUCAGCCCAUUUUGAAUGUGAUUCUUGCAGCCUGCCGGCCUUUGACCAUAACAGAAUUAUAUCAUGCAGUAUGGACUAAAAAUAUGUCAUUAACCUUGGAAGAUUUUCAACGUAAGUUAGAUGUCCUCUCCAAACUUCUUGUUGAUGGACUAGGAAAUACUAAAAUACUGUUCCAUUAUAGUUUUGCAGAGUGGCUUCUGGAUGUGAAACACUGCACUCAGAAGUAUUUAUGUAAUGCGGCAGAAGGACACAGAAUGUUGGCUAUGAGUUAUACCUGUCAAGCCAAGAAUUUAACACCAUUGGAAGCACAAGAAUUUGCAUUGCAUUUAAUUAAUUCAAACUUACAAUUAGAGACAGCUGAGUUAGCUCUCUGGAUGAUAUGGAAUGGUACACCUGUCAGAGAUUCCCUGUCUACUUUAAUACCCAAGGAACAAGAAGUUCUACAGCUGUUGGUUAAAGCUGGUGCUCACGUUAACAGUGAAGAUGAUCGCACGUCGUGCAUAGUCCGACAAGCCUUGGAAAGAGAGGAUUCCAUUCGGACAUUAUUAGAUAAUGGAGCUUCAGUAAAUCAGUGUGACUCAAAUGGAAGAACAUUAUUGGCUAAUGCUGCAUACAGUGGCAAUCUUGAUGUAGUGAAUUUACUUGUCUCCAGAGGAGCAGAUUUAGAGAUUGAAGAUGCCCAUGGACAUACACCACUUACCCUAGCUGCUAGACAAGGACAUACCAAGGUGGUUAAUUGUUUGAUUGGGUGUGGUGCAAAUAUUAAUCAUACUGAUCAAGAUGGUUGGACAGCAUUAAGAUCUGCUGCUUGGGGUGGCCAUACCGAGGUAGUUUCCGCACUACUUUAUGCAGGUGUAAAAGUGGAUUGUGCAGAUGCUGAUAGCCGAACAGCUUUGAGAGCAGCAGCUUGGGGAGGACAUGAGGAUAUUGUACUGAAUUUGCUACAACAUGGUGCUGAAGUCAACAAAGCUGAUAAUGAAGGUCGAACUGCACUGAUAGCAGCAGCAUACAUGGGCCAUAGAGAAAUUGUGGAACACCUCCUGGACCACGGAGCAGAAGUGAAUCAUGAGGAUGUUGAUGGCAGGACUGCGCUCUCUGUAGCUGCUCUUUGUGUGCCUGCAAGUAAAGGACAUGCAUCAGUUGUUAGUCUUUUAAUUGAUCGUGGUGCUGAAGUAGAUCAUUGUGAUAAAGAUGGCAUGACUCCACUGCUGGUCGCUGCCUAUGAAGGACACGUCGAUGUGGUUGACUUGCUUCUAGAAGGGGGAGCAGAUGUAGACCACACAGAUAACAAUGGUCGUACACCCCUCUUAGCAGCAGCUUCUAUGGGCCAUGCCUCCGUUGUAAACACGCUUUUGUUUUGGGGUGCAGCUGUGGAUAGCAUCGAUAGUGAAGGUAGAACAGUCCUCAGCAUAGCUUCAGCCCAAGGAAAUGUUGAGGUAGUACGUACUCUACUGGACAGAGGGUUAGAUGAAAAUCACAGAGAUGAUGCCGGAUGGACACCUUUGCAUAUGGCAGCUUUUGAAGGUCACAGGUUAAUAUGUGAAGCACUUAUUGAACAAGGUGCUAGAACAAACGAGAUUGAUAAUGAUGGACGAAUACCUUUCAUAUUAGCUUCGCAAGAGGGUCAUUAUGAUUGUGUUCAAAUACUAUUGGAAAAUAAAUCCAACAUUGAUCAGAGAGGUUAUGAUGGAAGAAAUGCACUGCGGGUUGCUGCAUUAGAAGGGCAUAGAGACAUUGUUGAAUUGCUUUUUAGCCAUGGAGCUGACGUUAAUUACAAAGAUGCUGAUGGGAGGCCUACGCUUUAUAUUUUGGCCUUAGAAAACCAACUUACAAUGGCUGAGUAUUUUCUAGAAAAUGGUGCAAAUGUAGAAGCAAGUGAUGCUGAAGGAAGGACAGCACUUCACGUUUCCUGCUGGCAAGGCCAUUUGGAAAUGGUACAGGUUCUGAUAACCUACCAUGCUGACGUCAAUGCCGCAGAUAACGAAAAGCGGUCUGCUUUGCAGUCUGCAGCGUGGCAGGGCCAUGUAAAAGUGGUUCAGCUUCUGAUCGAGCAUGGUGCCAUAGUUGACCAUACAUGUAAUCAGGGUGCAACUGCUCUCUGUAUUGCAGCCCAGGAAGGGCAUAUUGAUGUUGUGCAGGUUUUAUUAGAGCACGGUGCUGAUCCAAACCACGCGGAUCAAUUUGGACGCACUGCUAUGCGUGUUGCUGCCAAAAAUGGACAUUCUCAAAUAAUUAAAUUAUUAGAAAAAUAUGGUGCAUCUAGUUUGAACGGCUGUUCCCCAUCUCCUGUGCAUACAAUGGAGCAAAAACCUCUGCAGUCGGUGUCUUCAAAAAUGCAAUCAUUAACAAUUAAAUCAAAUAGCUCUGGCAGUACUGGUGGAGGGGACAUGCAGCCUUCAUUGCGUGGUUUACCUAAUGGGCCAGCUCAUGCAUUCAGUUCUCCUUCAGAAUCUCCAGAUUCUACAGUCGAUCGUCAGAAGUCGUCGUUGUCAAACAAUUCCCUGAAAAGCUCAAAAAAUUCAUCUUUGAGAACUACAUCAUCUACGGCAACGGCUCAAACAGUGCCAAUUGAUAGCUUUCAUAACCUGUCCUUUACAGAACAAAUUCAGCAACAUUCGUUGCCACGCAGUAGAAGUCGACAGUCAAUUGUUUCCCCGUCUUCCACAACGCAGUCCUUGGGACAGAGCCAUAAUUCACCAAGUAGUGAAUUUGAGUGGAGUCAGGUAAAGCCCAGUUUGAAGUCGACUAAAACAAACAAAGGGGGGAAAUCAGAAAAUUCCAGCAAAUCUGGGGCAGCUGGGAAAAAAGCUAAACAAAAUAAUUCUUCACAGCCAAAGGUUUUAGAAUAUGAGAUGACUCAGUUCGAUAAAAGAGGGCCUACCGCCAAAUCGGGGACAAGUGUGCCACCUAAGCAAAUGCCCGCAGAAUCGCAGUGCAAAAUUAUGGUACCUUCGACUCAGCAAGAAAUUGGUCGAUCUCAACAGCAAUUUCUUAUUCAUCAACAAAGUGGAGAGCAGAAAAAGAGAAAUGGGAUAAUGACCAAUCCGAAUUACCAUCUUCAGAGCAACCAGGUUUUUCUUGGUAGGGUGUCAGUCCCGCGGACAAUACAAGAUAGGGGGCAUCAGGAAGUGUUAGAAGGGUAUCCUUCCUCCGAGACGGAAUUAAGCCUUAAACAAGCCCUGAAGCUUCAGAUUGAGGGUUCUGACCCUAGCUUCAACUAUAAAAAGGAAACGCCGUUAUAAAAGUUUCCUAUUCUGUGAAACAGAAGACAUUGUGAUUGGAGUGGUUCUUCAGCUACUGGAUGAAAUCAUAAAAUGCCUGUUGAUUUGCUGAAAAAAAAUGAAGAAUGUGAUAUCUGCAGUACAGUUACCUUAAUUACUGUAAUGUGCCUAAAUAGUAAGGCUGCCUUCUCAAUGUAACCCUCUGUGCUUAAAAAAAUUUCAUUUUGUGUGCUUUGUAUUCACUACACAAGAAUAAGCACUUUUGUUUUUAAAUGCAGAUAUAUACUGCAGUUCCCUGGUAAAAGCGAAAAAAACUUUUAAGUUAAGAUUUGAUAAAUGUGCAUGUGCCAUGAUCAAAUAUGUACGAAAAGGCAGUGUUCUUUGUAUUUAUUUUUUUUUCUUUUUUGUGGCGAAUGAAACUUAAGCAUAUUGUUUCAGUCACAUUUUGCAUUGUUGUAGUGUAUGGCUUGUUUCUUGUAUCUUUAAAAAUGUUGCUCAAUAAAAUAAAUCAUGCAACUAUUUUAUGUUCAGUACACCUUCAGCAUUGGUUGAAAAAUGUGUUUCUAUUUAAUGCCACAUUGAAGUGAAAAUGGUUUGUUGACAGAUUUUUUAAAAAAUAAUUCUAGUGUUUUAGGGAGCUGCUCUGAGUAGUUUAAAUUUGGAUUUCCCAGUAGAAUCCUCCUAAUCUCUGGCUAAAGAUGAAAAAAAGAAAAAGAGAAAGAGAGGAAAAAGCAGACUAUAAUCAGAACAAAGUUCUGUUUCAUUCACUGGGAUGCAAUUUCACCUUCCACUCACUUGUCAUUCCACCUCCAAGAAGACAGACUAUCAUUCCUGAGGCAUGAAAAUUCUCAGGGACAAAGCCAUGCCUCAGGGCGUGUGUAAGUAGAAGGAGAUGCAGCUGUCUGAGGGUAGAUUUUUGAUCCCUGAACAAUUCACUGACUACACUUAAUCUCUUCUGUCUGGUUGAAUACAAUUUGCCAGUGUAGAUUUUCAUGCUGGCUUCUCUCUCAGUUGGUUCUAUCUUGUAAAUCACUGCAUGACCAAAAUAGCCCCCUCUCAAAAUCAGCUGAGUCAGUUUUAGUGGUAGUUGGAUGAAUAGUUUUGAUGAAUGUAAUAUGUGCGGUCCUUCAAAGAUGACACCACUAACCUGUCAAUCAUAGCACAUGUGUAUUUUUUUAUUGAUACUUCGUAAACGAUAGUGAUGGAUUUGCACUUUUCUGUCCACAUACUCUUUCCUGUUUUCUUCUUUGGCCAGUUGCUCACAGGAUAACUGGAUGGCAGGGUUAAAGAUGAAGUCUCUGACUAGGAAAACAAAGGUGACUGGUUCAAAUGAGCAGGGGACACACAGCUUUGGCCGCCUGGAUGGACUCUAAACCAGUGAGGCUGGCUUAGCUGGGUUGUGUGUACGUCUGGAAAGGUUAGAGUUGUUGAGGAGCCAUGGUUGUAGGUUCGAUCUUUGAAUAAGCCCCGUGAAUUUUAGAAAGCCCAGAAAUUCUAUUUUUCUCAUGUGCUGUUGAUAAGAAAGAGGAAUGAGGAAAGAGAAUUUGGAGAUUCAGCACAAAAACACUGCUACUACUGGAGAAGAAUGUUGAGUAAAAGAGGUCAGUAAUGCCAUCUUCAUAUAUGAAGGACACAUACGUGAUGCAUUGUUCACAGAAAUAGAAACGUGUAAUUGGUUGUGAUAAGUGUUUCACUUGAAUCUUCAUGUAAGGGUUUUGUUCUUUAUUUUUUUUAAAGUCAGCAAAAUGCAUUUUGUUUGUCAUUGGUAAGUCAUAAUCAGGAAUAGGAGAGAAGUUCAUUCGCUAUUAAGGUGACAUGGCAAUAUUGAUAACUCGAAUGUGAAUGUUUCAAGUAUUGAAUUUUUGUCCCUAUGGGACAUUUAUUAAAUACACUUAAUAGGACUCUUGCAAAGUAGCCUUAAAAGUGUUAAUGAUUCUAUUGAUAAAUAUGAAUACAUACUAUUAUUAGAACCAAUCUUACUCAUUUCUCAAAUAUAGUACAUUUACAUUACUGUAGAAGAUGAAGCUCUAAUUUCUUAUUAGGUGUAUUUUUCUUUAGAAAGAGAACCCUGAAAGCUGCCAGUUUUUCUAUUAACCUUGAAUUAUUGGAAUUGUAUUUAUUUAAUUUUAUUGUUUUUUUACAAAAAUGCACCUUGUGGCCAAUGGGCAACGAUAUGACUCAUUACAUAAGGGAUUUAUGUUUUUCAAAGAGCUGAAUGUUUUCAUACCCAUAUUAUGUACACUUGAAACAGUUGGUAGGAAGAAAAUCUGUUGGGAAAAUAUGAUUUUCAAAAGUAAGUAUUCCUCUAGAUGUUUUUCUAUUAAUUGUGUUUUGGAAUAGGACAGAACUGGCUUUUAGUUAGGAUGAUAAUGAUGAUAAGGGUGCUGAAGAUGCCCCACUUUGCCUAUUUGUUUUUGUGGGGGAUUUAAAAGUAUGACUGAAAAUGGCUUUUGCUUCAUGAAGAAGAGUAAAAAACAGUCCCCUCAAUUAAAAAUGCCUAAAUAGCUAUUUUAAAAAUCAAGAUGUUUAAAUUUUGUAAAUCACCUGAUGUCACUACACACCUAUGAUGCCAUGUGCUUGUAACUUGUUUUACAUUCCAUCUGUGCCCAUUCCCUAAAAGUCCUGAGUUGAUGAUAAGGGAAGUGAUUAAAAAAAUAUAUAGUAAUGAAAAAUUAAAAUCUGUAUGUAGGAAAGGUUUUGGAAGGAAAAUUAUCUGGAACUCCUGUGUACUGCAAAGUACAGCCAGUAUCUUUUGUCUCUCUUCCUUAUCCCCCACCCCUACUGGAAUCCUUACCAAAAAUAAUACACUACUUUAAAAACAGGAGUAAAUAAUUUUCUCAAUAUUGUUGGCUAUGCAAAUGUUUGUUUUGCUUAAUGUUCUCCAUUUACACUUCUCAGCAAAUGUAGUUGCAGACAAAUGCUUUCUUUUUUAUUUUUUCCUUGGUUUGGGGUAUGUAAAUAGCCUAAAGUGUACAUUGAAUUUCACAUUGUAAAAGUUUUAUUUUAUUCCUUGUAUUAUAUUAAGCAAAAAUCCCUAUGUAUAUGAAAGUGCAUAAUAAAUAUAUUUGCUCUACA